AUGAUGUCCACUGAGCAAAUGCAGCCACUGGACCUCUCGGAGGACAGACUGGACAAGCUCGACCCUCGUUGCAGCCACCUGGAUGGCCUUUCUGACCAGUUCAUUAAGGACCGCGAGCUCAAAAAGGAGCCAAGAAAGGGGAGAAGCGCACAGGCUGCCCUGGACGUGGAGGCGGACCAGAGAAAGCCGCGGAGGAAAGACACGCCCGUGCCGCACAUCCCGCCUUUCAGACCCGGUGUGCUUUCAGAACAUUUAAUUACAAGUUACGAGGUCCAAGAGAGACACCCAGAGAGCAAAACGAACCCAGCUCUUCAGAACACUGACCUGGAGCAGAAGAAGCCAAGGAGAAAAGACACACCUGCCCUGCACAUGUCCCCCUUUGCAGAUGUGACAUUGCUCAGGGAGGAGAGACCCAAAGUGAUCCUGGAAGAUGAGGAAAAGGAUGGUGACAAGAUGGCUAUUUAA